AUGGAUGCAUUGAGUAAAAACCGUAGCUGUGUCUCCUAUGGAUCCAAUGCUCUGACUGAGGGACUGGAGCACCUUCAUGGCUUAAUCUUGGAAGAUGGCCGCAAUGGCACAAUCCAGUGUCCUCACAACCAGUGCUGUUUUGGCAUCUGGGAACUGAACCAAGGACAACUUCAAGCCAAGAUGCAAGGUUGCUGGAUUAGUGAAAAGGAAGCCUGUGAUUCUCCAGCUUGUGAGUUUCGUUCUUCGGCUGCCAUCACCUUGUCCUGUAGGUGCCGCUCUGAUCUGUGUAAUGCUAACAUCAGCUACGCCAAGCCUGGAAACAGACCGGUUCUAAGGCAUUGGAAAGUUCAUGCAGUGCUACUAACACCAAAAGAAACUGGAGAACUCAACAAGGUAACUACAGGCUCAGAACUAAAGGAUGAGAAAAAACUGCCCAGGCUAGAGGUUCCAGAUCUUCAAUUCAUUCAGCUUCUCCACGAAGGGCAACUUUCUCAAUUGUGGCAAGGAACCUUCGGCCAGCAACCUGUGGCCAUCAAGACAUUUCCUCCUUUGUGCCACCAACAAUUUGCAUCUGAGUGGGCCGUGUACAGCCUCCCGUUGAUGAACCAUGAAAAUGUGGCACGCCUUGUGACUGCUGGAUAUGGGGGACCCAGUGAAGAACAAGGUGGUCUCCUGGUACUGACACUGUACCCAUUGGGAUCCCUACGGAACUUCCUCAGCCAGCACAUUUGCUCCUGGGAGAUCAGCAUCCGGCUUGGAUCAUCCCUUGCCAGUGGCCUUGCUUUCUUACAUGAGGAGAAAUGGAAGGAAGGCCUGCAUAAACCUGGGGUAGCCCAUCGUGACCUAAGUAGCCAGAAUGUGUUGGUGCGGGAAGACAGGACUUGCGUCAUAACUGAUUUUGGCUUUGCCAUGACACUCCCUCUGCGACACCAGCAGUCAGGAAAAGGUCCUGCAGAAGCCAUCGUGCACAAGGCAGGAGCUCAACGCUACAUAGCUCCCGAAAUUUUGGACGAGAACCUGAAUCUGCAGGAUGUGGGCUCUUCACUGAGGCAAGCUGAUGUCUAUUCCCUGGCACUGGUACUGUGGGAGAUCCUGAUGAGAUGCUCUGCGCUUUUCCCAGAGAACAGCGUUCCUGCAUUCCAGCUUGCCUAUGAAGCAGAAUUAGGUAGCAGCCCUACAUACAGUGAACUGCGAAGGUUGGCUGUUGAGGAAAGGCGAAGACCAAUUGUCCCACCAGCUUGGACAAGAUUUGGGCAAGUAGCUAUUUCCUUGCAAGAGCUCCUGGAAGACUGUUGGGACCCUGAACCAGAGGCUCGUCUGCAAGCCGAGUGUGCCCUGCAAAGGCUGCAAAGGCUGGGCACUGAGGAUCUGGUGAAAGAGUACUGA